GCAGUCGACAUUCUCCUCUCGUAGUACAAGCAGAGCACGUAAGUACGUACGUCCGUAGGUAGUGUACUUCGCUGUAGUACAGAAAAUGCAAGUACCAUGCUAAACGGUCUAGUAUCUACUCCGUAUUUAUACAGCACCCUGCCCUACUGUUUACAUAUAAGGAUAAACUAGCUACAGACACGCACAUACAUACUGAGUAGGAUGGCGUCUAGAUCAUCAUCAUCAGCUCUCGCCGGCGUUGCAGGGCUGGUGCUUGCAGUCCUGUGUUGCUCGCCGGCGACGAUGACGGAGGCCCACACGCAGUUCGGGGCCUACAACAAGACGUGCCCGCAGGCGGAGGACGUGGUGCUCAAGGAGAUGACCGCCGUCCUCGCAAAAUCCCCCGACCUCGCCGGACCUCUGCUCCGCCUCUUCUCCGUCGACUGCCUGCUCGGGGGCUGCGACGGCUCGAUCCUCCUGGACUCGACGGCCAGCAACACGGCGGAGAAGGACUCGCCGUUGAACAAGGGCCUCCGGGGCUUCGACGCCGUGGACUCCAUCAAGGCCAAGCUGGAGGCGGCGUGCCCGGGAGUCGUCUCCUGCUCCGACGUGCUGGCCCUCGCCGCGCGCGACGCCGUGCGGCUGGCCGGGGGGCCCUACGUCCCGGUCCCGACGGGGAGGGAGGACGGCAACCGGUCCUCCGCCGCCGACGUGGCGCCCAACACCCCGCCGCCCGACGCCACCGUGGCCGACCUUAUAACCUUCUUCUCCAGGCUCAACCUCACCGCCAAGGACCUCGCCGUGCUCUCCGGCGCCCACACCAUCGGCAAGGCCCGCUGCCCCUCCUUCUCCCCACGCCUCUACAACUUCACCACCACCAACAACGGCAAUAACAACAAUGCUACCUCCUCUGACCCGGCUCUCGACGCCAACUACACGGCGGCUCUCCGCGGGCAGUGCAAGGCCGGCGGUGACAUGGCAGCCCUCGUGGACCUUGAUCCCGGCAGCGCUGGCGUGUUCGACCUCGGGUACUACCGGGCCGUGGCGGCGAGCAAGGGGUUGCUGUCCACGGACGCUGCGCUGCUGCUCGAUGCUGACACCAGGGCCUACGUGCUCCGGCAGGCCAACGCCACGGUGCCAGACGAGUUCUUUGCUGACUUCGCCGCGUCGUUCGUCAACAUGAGCAAGAUCGGCGUGCUCACGCACCACAAGGGCGAGAUAAGGAGACUCUGCUCCGCCGUCAACCCGCCCUCGAAGGCGGCAUCUUCGGCGGCGCCGGCGAAGUCCGUGACCGCCGUGAUCGCGAGGUCUCUGAUGGAUUUGGGUUGUGUUUUUGUUUUGGUUUUGACUGUCUUUUAGUACUCCUUUAAUUGGUUUCCAUUGAUUUGUAAUUGUAAUAAUGGAGUAUGGACGGCUGUAGAUGCGUGAUUGUGUUUUCAGAUUGUA